AUGGCCGAUGCUCAGGGGCGUGGUCGGGGGAGAGGCAGACGCGACCCGAAAAGGAACCAGAGGGGAGGAGAUGGCCACCUUGGCCAAGCGGAUCAUGGAGGGAGCGGGCAGAACCAGUGGGCGCAGCAGCAGUUUGGCCCCCCGCAGCAGCAAUUCCCCUUCGGAUUCGGCUUUCAGGGUGCCCCUCCCCCAUGGUACCAGGGGCCGUUCAUGCAGCCGCCACCGAUGAUGAACCAGUGGGGAGCGCCAGGCAAUUGGGGGCAAGGUCAGAUGCAGAAUCAGCAGCUGCACCAGCAAGGGGGAGGACCAGGUCCGGAAUUCCAAGGGCAGGCACCACCUCAGGUGCAGAUGCAGGGGAAACAGGGGCAAGCUACCUUGGUGCAGUCAGCAGUAGAGAACAACAGAGAUAACAACAGUCAGGCUCAGCAGCAGCAGAAGAAGCAGCCACAAAACAAAAACAAAAAUGUCAACAAGGCCAAGGAUUCUUCAGGAGGUGACUACAGUGAUGUUACCUGCUAUACAUGUGGAGAGCCUGGGCAUCAUAAGGCCUAG